AUGAAAAUUGACAUUAGGGCAAAGAAAAAUGGUCCAAGAAAUGUGCCUCAAUUUGGAGCAUGGGAUAACAAUGUUAGAGAUGGAGGAAAUGGUGGUUAUACCGUGGAGUUCUCAAAAGCUCGUGCCAACAAACAACAUCAGCCUAAAAAUGGAUUAGAUGCACGUCACGAGUUGAAAAACGAUAAGGAAUUUCAGCAUCAACAGCAAAAAAAUGGUACAGACGCACAUCACGGAUUGAAAAACAACGAUAAGAAAAUUCAACAUCAUCAGCAAAAACAUGGUUUAGACGCACAUCACGGAUUGAAAAACAAUAAGGAAUCUCCGCAUCAACAGCAAAAAAAUAGUUUAGACGCACGUCACGGAAUGAAAAACGAUAAGAAAUCUCUGCAUCAACAACAAAAAAAUGAUUUAGGCACACGUCAUGGGUUGAAAAAUAAUCAAGAAUUUCACCAUCAUCAGCAUAAAAAUGGUGUAGGCGCACAUCACGGGUUGACAAAUGAUCUGGAAUUUCCUGGCAAGAAACAAGAUGACCCUAGCAAUAUGAAAAAUGGAUACAGGUCUGUACCUCAAUUUGGAAUGUGGGAUCAACAAGCAGCUGGAGGUGGUGCAGCUAGUUACACAGUAGAGUUUUCGAAGGCUCGUGUUAACAGGAAACAACACAAAAAUAAUGAUCUUUUAGCACGACCACCUAGCAUCGAUCACGAGCAGGAAGCUCUUAGGAAGCAGCACGAGGAUUCUUGCAUGAGGAAAAAGAAUAUGUUGACAUACCUCAAUUGUUGCAUUAGGCCUUGAUCAUUUCCAAAUGUCCAAGUGAGGCCUCCUUUUGUAAUAGUCUUGAAAGUGGCUAUAUUAUGCAAAUUAACCAUACACUUCUUGCUUUCUUUAGCAAAUGAAAAAAAAAAAUCAGGAAAAAUCUCUAAAUUAUAUAGAUCUAUGUAUUGUAUUAUUAUUUCUGGAAUCUAUUAAUAAUUUUGCUGAAAAAAAUAGUUUUAUUUACUUGAGUCGAGGAUCUAUCUGAAACAUCUCUACAUUCACAAAGUAGGAUAAGAUUGUGUUCACAAAAUAGGAUAAGAUUGUGUACACGUUACCUUCCUCAAACCCACAUAUAGAAUUACAGUGGGUAUGUUGUUGUAGUAAAAACUGAAUCUUAUUAUUCUGUUGUUUAAUGCAGUUAUACACCAUAUGUUAUUAUUAUUUUUUCUACUAGGAGUAUUUGUUAUUUAUAUAAAAGAAAAGGAAAUCAAAUAUGUU